AUGAAUGAUUUAAAAGAAAUACGGAAAUGGAUUAUAAAAAUUUUAAAACUUCACGGUUUUUUAAUAAGAGGUGAUGCAGCCGAUUAUUUGGCACAGAAAUUUUUAAAUUUGUCACAACAAAAAAGAAUUGAAAUAUUAGAUAAAUUGUCGGAUCAAAUUCGAGGAUUAACUUUAGAAUCACCGACAGUUAAUAAAGAACAAAUUGAACAAUGUUAUAAGGAAAGCUUAUUAGAAAGACCAAGCUCUGAAACUACUUGGAAUGUUAUCAAUGCAUUCGAAGUUCCUUGUUUUAUUUAUAAUAGAGAAAAGAAAAAAUAUAUUAAAGAUGAUACAGUUUUAAAAAAAGGGAUUUUUGCAGAUGCUGCCACAAAAAUUUUUAUAAAAAAAAGAAUAUAUACUUCAUUAAUUCAAAAAACAUUGAGAAAUAAUCUAUUGAAAGAAGUUUUUGCGAUAAAUGGUAAAAAUGUACAAUUCAUAUUUAAAACAGUUGAAUGGUUUCUUUGUGCGACUGAAAAAAUUGAUUAUGCUGUGAUUCUUGGUCUUCUUGUUCAAAAAAUUGAUGGUAAUUAUGCAGUCGAAGAUGACACUGGAACAUUGGAUAUUGAUAUAUCAGAAGCCAUAUUUUCCGAUGGCCUUUUUACAGAACAUUCAUUUGUGUUUUUAGAAGGUUGUUAUGAAGACAAAGUUUUUUAUGUAUCAAAAUUCGGUUUACCACUACCAGAAUCUUCGAAAAAAUCAAGAAUGUUUUUUGAUGAUAUGAACACUUUCGGUGGACCUUCAUUAUAUUCUUUAUCAAAUUCAAAAGCAUUAAAAGAAAUCGAAGAAAAGAAUCCAGAUGAAAUGAUUGUUUUUAUAUCCGAUGUCUGGUUAGAUAAACCUGAGGUAUUAAAAAAAUUAAAAAUAUUAUUCGAUGGUUUUUCCGAAUAUCCUCCAUACGCAUUUGUUUUAUUAGGGAAUUUUAUAUCGUCUCCCAAGGGACCAAACUAUUGUUCGGAACUAAUUAACGGUUUUAACGAAUUGGGUAAUUUAUUAGAAUCUUAUAAAAAUAUAAUUAACACGAGUAAAUUCGUUCUCGUUCCCGGUCCUUUUGAUGUCGGCUCUCCUAGAAUACUACCAAGGCCGCCAUUUUCUAAAAAUUUAGUUAAAGGUCUCAUAUCUAAAAUUCCGUAUUUAACGUUGGGAACGAAUCCGUGUCGGUUACAAUAUUGCACGAAGGAAAUAAUUGUUUUCCGGGAAAAUCUCGUUACUAAAUUAUGUAGGAGUACGAUUCAUUUUCCAAACAAUGGUGGAAAUAUUUCUAAUCACUUUACGAAAACGAUUAUAAGUCAGGGAACGCUUGCUCCGAUGUCGUUAGUGUCAUUUCCUGUUUAUUGGAGUUUUUCACAUUCGUUAGAUUUAUAUCCACUUCCGGAUUUAAUUGUCGUUUCCGAUCAAUCGAUAUCUUUUACCGAAAAAUAUUUAGAUUGUACCGUUACGAGUCCGGGAUCCUUUGUGAGAGAAAAAUUUUCAUUUAAAGUUUAUUAUCCGUUUAAAAACGAAUUGGAAGAUUCUUGUUUACCGGAAGAAGACUUAUAG